CGAGGAUUGUUUCCAUUGCUCUUCGAAACUGGGUUAAGACCUUCUGUACUUAUGUUGUCAGAACAUCACCUACAGUUGUAGCCAGUUCUCAGUUCGUGAGGCCGUGAAGAGAACAAAACAGUCUACCUUUGGGGGACAAAAACACCCAACGGCUUGAUUAAUAGUUAAUCACGCUAACCGAUUAUCUGCUGUACCUAAGCAACGGUUAGAAGCUAAAGCUAAAGCAGAGUGUGUCUCUGUCUCAACACAAAAACAGCCCUCGCCAGGAAACCCAGAGAAUGGCCACAGGAAGAGAAAGAGUCACUGCAAAUUUAAGAGAUAUUUCUCACUCCACUGGGACAGAGAUGAGUCGUGAGAAAGAAGCUUUGACUGAAAGAGGUGGUUGGUGGAAGCAGACUAUUAAGAACACCCCCAUCCCUGGCAGUUAUCACAUUCGAGAUUUUAUAGAGGAGAACAGCCUCAAUCCUGUGCGUCAGACCUAUGGCUUUAAGGGCGCUGGCCGUAAUGCACAAACUGUGUGCGUACGGAACGGGGUCAUGCUCCUGCCAGGGGCUUAUGUUUUCACUGACUCAACUCAAGAAGCUCUCCAGCGCCGAGCGUCCUACGCCUUCAAGAGCUGCCCCAGACCAGACAGCUACACCCUGGGCAUCCGAGAUAAGGACAUAGAUCUCUCUCCAUGCCACUACAAUGUGACCGAGAAGCCUGUCCCCAAAUUACCUUGCAGGCACGUGAUGUUUCGGUCAGCUGUGCAGAGGCUCGGCUUCCUCCCUGAAGGACCACCUCCCGGUCAUUAUACACUGAAGCCCAGCCCAUCUAUUGGCAUUACGUCCUGCUUCAAGUCUACAGUGCCUCGUCUGCACAGCGUACGCUCUAGGACUCCUGGACCAGGUACAUAUGAGCCCUCAUGGCACAGUGGCCCUCAGCUCAGCAUGAAGACCGGCAUGGGUCGCACCCAUGGCCUCUUCUUCCGUGAUGUAUUUUAAAACUCUACGUUCACCGGUCAGUCAUAACUCCACUGUACGUCAUUUCUCCAGCCACACAUGCAUGGAGCAUUCACAUUCACAGCAUCAUCUCUCAACUGGCAUUUGACAGAUUGCUGCAUGUUUUUUUCCAUUCAUAUUAAAAAGCCAGACAGUCUUUGUUUCCACCGUUUGUGUUUACCUCACAUAUAUUACAUUACACAGACAGACAAAUGAAAGUUAUCUCAGAAGAGCUAAUUGCUGCUUGCAGUGAGUGGAUCACUGUGUUCCAGAAGCCUGUCUUUUCCCAUUUCUUAUGGCCCUCUGUCUUUUACUUAGCAUGCAUAAAGGAAGAACCCCAGCUCAUUAUCUACCUAUUCCACUCUCUCUGCUCCAUGUCCUGCUGUUGUGCCUUGCAGCUAUCUCAGCUAUGCCAUGCUCUGAAUGCAGGCUGGCCGUCCAUAUAAUAGCCAAGCUUUUGUGAUGACUCUCAUGCUUGCCUAACUCAUUCAUUUGGAACAAAGAGGUCAGUGUCACACAAUGAAACAGCUGUUUCUAGCACUCCCCAUCGCACACAAGACUAAACAGAGCCAGAGAGUGUAAUGUGUGUGAGAGGUCCCAAAACAUCCCCGCAACAUGAGGUAUAUAUGCUGGGAUUGAGAAUGCAGCCGUCGCUUGAAUAUUUAUGGCCCUGUAUACCGUUUCAAAUACAGGACUUCAGGGACCCCAGGGGAACAGAGAGCUCAAAACAUCUGUGGUCUUUUCUGCAGAUGUUUUCACCAAUAUUGUGCAUAAGCUGUCCACUAUAUGUGUAUAUGCGUUUGAGACACCAAUUACCAAUGGGUUUUAUCAUCAGUUUCUGUGGAGAACAGAAAAUAGGAAUCACUAUUCAGGAGGAAUUGCAUUUUUCACAGUCUAUAUACCUCCUGAUAAUGUCUUUCGAAAUGAAAAGUCUUCCGGCCUAAUCCUAUUUUAAAACUCUAAAUUUGAACCCGGAUUUAAUCCCAUCAAAAACAAGGCUUUCUGUAUUCCUACCAUUAUGAGGUGGGAAAUAUGACAAUAUUUACUGUUAUUAUGAUCAAUUAAGUCAUCAUACACUGUUCUGAGCAUAUUGUGGAUUCAAUCAUUACAAGUAUUAUUCAUCCUGUUAAAUUAGUUUUGGUGCAGUGUACUAGGGCAUAUAAGCAUGUAUAUACUGUAUACUAACCUUUACUUGGCCCAUCUGUAUAGUCAAGGUGAAGGAAAACUUCACCCAAGAGUUUUGAUUGGUCAGUUUCCUGUGAUGCUCAAUAAACAAUAUGCUUAAUAAUCAA